AUGAACUCCGAUCUCCUUCCUCCACCUCCACCCCCAGAAUAUACUCAAUCCCUUGAAGAUUUACCCAAAUAUACUUCAUCAUUAAACUACUAUGGAUUAUCAUUAAUUAAAACAGAAUUCAUAACCCCAUAUCAAUACAAUAAUGGCAACCGUUCCUGGAAACCAGUAUUACUCGAGUUGAAUUCUACUCAAUUGAAAAUAUACAAUUUGAACGUUGAUAAGAAAUUACAGGAUUUACUAAUAUGUUUAUAUUUUGAAUUAAAUUGUUUAGAUCAAUUAACUAAAGAUAUCAAUUCUCAUUAUAAAAAGAGUAAAGGUUUUGAUUAUAGUGAAUUAUCAUCGAAUGAUACCGACGAUAUCAGUGAUUUGUUUUCUGGUGAUGCCUAUGGUGGUAAUGAUAGUUCCAAGUUAUCUUUAAAUGAUUCCAAAUUGGGCAAAUUAAAGAAUAAAUUUAAAAAUCAAAAGUCUAGUAAAACAUUACAAUCAAUAAAAUCUUAUUACGACGAUUUAUUAAAAGACAAUAAAUUUUUUUUUGAACCAACAUCUUUGACAAAAGAAUAUAAUCAAUUUGCUAAAAAAUAUCGAGGUAAUUUAAUGCAUUGUUAUUCUUUAGCAAAUUUACAGGUUGGGGAAGCACCUUCUUUGAACCAAAUAAUUUCAGCAAUUUAUAAAGAAGAACAUAAUGGUAACACCAAUAAUUCAUCACUUGUCAAAUAUAAAAAUACAUUGCGUCUUCGAAUUGAAUAUAAACAAAUCUUACUUCAAUUUUGGUCAUUCUUUGGUAUGAUUAGUUGGUUUAGAAAUUUCACCAUUGGAAGAGAUUUGAGUGUACCUGUUGAAGCAAGACAUGUAUCACGACUCAAAUCUAUACCUUCAAGAAACACAAGUCGAAACAAUGCAUUAUUGGCUGCCACUGCUGCUGCUGCAAACUAUGGAAGAAAUAGGGACAGGGACAGGGACAGGGACAGGGACAAUUCUCCAGUUGAUGGUGUUGACGAAGAUUUGUCGAUGUUUCACUCCAACUAUUUAACUAUUAAAGGUCAAGAUAAUAAUAGUCAUUCCGAUACCAGUAGUGAGAAUUCGUCGGUAUUUGAUAAUGAGAGAAGAGGAUCUAUAGUAUCAACAACUACAUCAAUAGAGCCAAUUGACCAUGUCACUAUUAAUAAUUACAAGUUUUAUUCCCAAGAGUAUACCUUCACCACUGCUGAAAAGCAAUACAUUUCUAAUUGCAUACCAGAUUUGAAUUCUUUUGAUAAAUGGAAUGGGAAAUUAAUUACCAUCAGUAAUGUUGGUCAUUUUGUGAAAGAUAAAAGAUCUUUUGAAGACAAAGAUGAUGUUUUCAUUAGUUAUGCUGCAUUAGGGAACUUGGUACAAUCAUAUGAUAGAAAAUCUCAUGACGAUUCAUCAAUGAUUACAACCCAAACUUUUGUAAUUCAUCAAAAAGGGUUAGUUGGUUUAGGGACACAAAUUUGA